AUGGCGAAAUCAACAUGUCUCUCAUUAUGCGAUGUUCUUAUGCCGUGUGCUUACAUUCGUUCUUUACUUAUCUUCGACUAUGAAAUCAAUAGUCUGGAAAAGGAUUUUUUGGAAUUUCUUCAUAUUUACUGUCCACAAGCAUUUCAAUGUAUCAAAAAUGAACAAAUUGUCGAUUGUGGUGAAGAUCGACAAGUGUUUUCUUAUGAAUCUCGUUCAAAUGAAAGUCUAUCAAAAUAUUUCCACAAUGACUCAUCAAUUGAUGAUUUAUUUCCAUAUAGUUUCAAACCAAAUGAUGUUUCACCUUUGAUUUUCUUACAUCAGAUUCGUUUCGAUGAUGGAACCAUCUUAGUUUUUGGUUGUCAUCAUUAUUUCUCUGAUGGACAUGGAUUUAGUUUAUUAGGACAACGUUUUUCUUUAUGGUUGAAAGGUAAAAGACCGACUUUACUUGAUCAUGAUCGAUCGAAGUUAAACUAUCUGGCGAAUUCAUCUACAAUUCAGUUUGAACAUAAAGAAAUGAGUGUUAUCGAACCGAUUCAUUCGUUCGAUUUCCUUUCUUCAACACAAACCGUGAUCAAACAUUUCACUAAAGAGAAUUUAUUCACUAAACUUGGUAUUACCAAUGAAAAAUUAUCGACAAAUGAUGUUCUUGUCGGUUGGUUAACACAAACCAUCAGUCGAAUUCGUCAAUUGCCAUCCGAAACAACCGUUAAAGUCGGUAUGGCAUUGAAUACUCGAAUGUUCUUACCAGAUAUCGAUGAAAACUACUUUGGUAAUGCCAGUUUUUACAUUUGUUUUUCUUUUUCAAUGACCGAUCUUCUUCAUCGAACCGUUACUCAACUUGCCGAACAGAUCAAUCUCGAUAAACGAAAAUUUAUGAAUCGAGAAUAUCUUCAAUCCGCUCUGGCUUACAUGGCGAAAUAUCAUCAUCAAUCUCCGAUUUAUUUAGGAUGGGAAGCACAUGGUGGUGUUGAUCUAUCCAUCAGUAAUUGGUCGAAAUUUCCUUUGUAUCAAUGCGAUUUUGGUAAAGGAACUCCACGUGCAUUUCGUAUUCCUUCGAUUCUAUUCGAUGGUCUUAUUUUUAUUCUUCCAACUUCCAAUCCGAACGAAAUCGAACUUCAUAUUACAUUAAAACAUCAACAUACAAAAGAACUGUUAACUGAAUUGAACUAA